AUGGCGAUGCGUCUUCAGAAGGACAACAACUGGGGUGAAGGUACUCUCGAAGCCUCUCGAACGUCCGUUGUCGAGGCUGAAGAAGGGGCCCCCUUGGUCAUCACUCCGUCCACUAACCUGUCCAAGACAGCAUUAGUGCGUCAGUUCGACCGUGGCGAUGUUAUCCCCUUCUUCUUCGCCAUGCCUCACGCCAACGCAAGCUCCAGAGCUGGCGAUGCAGCCACUGAAUUGGCGAACUGCCUCGAGCGGAUGCUGCAGCGUGAACGUACUGGCAUAUUCGAGCCUCCCCCGGGUAAGACUGCGCUGCUUAUCCUGGAUGACUUGCACCUCGCCACCCCAGCAGAGACUUCAACAGCACGGCCGCUAUACCCAUCCGUCUACGCGUACCUGCGGUCGGUCCAGGAGCACGGCAAAGUGUAUCGAGGGGCGAGUUGUCUGCCGAUCUCGUUUUUCCCGCUCUUUGCGCCCUCUUGUGGGCUCGAGGAGCUUCAUCAUAUCUUCGGACACAUUCUGCACGCUCACUGGGGCCUGGGGACUUCAUCCAUGUCUGCUACACUACCCACUGCAGUUCGGUAUGCUCUUCCUCUGGUGAUCGCAGCGACUACUGUGAUCUGGGACCGACUCCGGGCCACAUUCAAGUAUCACCUCCAAGACCUAGCGCGAGUGUACGAAGGUCUUGGCGGGGUCAGUCCGUCGACGCUGUCGGACGUGGAGACGCUGCUGAGACUGUGGACGCACGAGUGCUCCCGGACACUCCGAGAACCUUCAAUGGGGUUAUGCGGUCCGAGACAGGAUAACGACGUUACUGGGGAGAUAUCGCGCAUGCGAUCGCAGAUUUCCCAGAUAACUCAACGUCGUGCCAGCGCUCGAGCUAUCAAAGCCAGUAGCGACGACAAUGCGAGUCCUGCAACGUUGUUGACGUUGUUCGCAGCUCGAAGCGCUGGGUCUCCGUCAAGAGCCCCCCGACCCAGUCAGCAGUACAAUUCUCUGCAGGAGCAGCAGCACCGAGCGGCCAUGAUGGGAGGGCUCUGGGCCUUCUCUGGAUCAAGUAGUAGACCGUCGUGGAUUUACGCCGAGAUCAGCUAUGAAGACGACAUGGAGGCCGUGUCCACCGCCAGUGUGCAGCCGUACUACCGAGACCUCCGCACUUUCAGCUCGUGUACAAUGACUCUUAAACCGACCAAGGCGACCGCGCUGCCGAGAGACGUCCCUCCUGUUCCCUUCAAACUCGUACGUACGCGCUUAUCCUGUAUUCUCUUUCAAGCAACUGAAACCUCGGAAUUGCUGCUCUGCAGGCUCAAACAGUAG